CAGGUGCAUCAAACUGGGAGAUAAUUACCAACGUGGGUCCAUACCGAGGAUACGCGUUUUUACUACAAAACAACCUUUAUCACGUAAAAAUAUCUUUCAUGGAGAAAAUAAUGCGCUUUUAAUUCAUAAUUGAACAUUUAAGCAACUUUACAAACCAUGAGAGGAGACACAACUAAGGAUAAUGAAAUGGACGCGGCGGAUGAACACGGAGGAAGUGCAGAGGCUGCAACCGGAGAAAGAAGAUCUAGUAUUGAGACGCUACAAAAGAUGCUUAAGAGAGUGUCUCAAAGCCCUUUCCAAAGUCAAUACACGACUCUUGUUUCAACCUCAGACUCGAAUGGAUCAUCUAUGAAUGAGCCUCAGAACAAACAGGACGAGCAGUUCCUUAUUGAUCUCGCAGAUGUGACAGACAAACAGCAGCUAAACAUCGGACGGAGUCUAGGGCAGGAAACUCCCCAUUUAAAUCCCCAGAAUGGAGUCAGUGGGGGUUUGGCCAGAAGUCACCCUUUUUACACUAAUGAUUUGGGAUCUGGUCAUGUGAUGGAGGACGAAUGGAGGAAGACUUCAGAAGCAGUAAACCUUGAGGCCAUCUUUGUCCCUCCGCCUGAAUUUCAGAGUUCACCUCUGGAUCUUCAGCCUGAAAAAAGUACUGAAAAUGGAGCUGAAUUUUCUGAACUUCCAAAGGACCUAUUCCAGACCGUUGCCCCUAACCGUGUGCAAAGCCACUUCCAGACACCGACAUCGGCCCAAAAUGCAUCUGCCAAUGGCCAUUUUCUUGACAAAACUCUGAACUUGCCAGAUAUAUUCAAACCUGUGCCAUCUGAAACACGAGAUGAAGGGGUCGAUCUUUUCCAGGCUGCUAAAGGAGAUGAUUUAUUCUAUGCUACAUGCACAAGUGAGGUUAACCUCUUUAAAAAACCUUUCAGUGUUUUUGAGGAUCCAUUUGAAUCUCCUACAAACAAGGAGGAAGAUCUGUUCCAGUCUUCACAGCCAAACAUAGCAAACCCAUCGCCAUUGACCGAAGAGGCGGAUUUGAUUCGGGCAGGUCCGAAUAGAAAUGGGGAACGCUUCCACAUCGGGGAAAACAAACAAGAUUCCUUUAUGAAAGAGGACCUUUUUGGCAUGUCUUCUUUUAAGAAAAAUCUGGAUGUAUUCUCACCUUCAUCCACAAAUUCAGUCGAUCCAUUCCCAAGCCCGAUUACAAGGGAUUUAUUCCAAGACGUUUCCAGUUUGGAAGACCCGUUUGGCACCACACCCGUGAGAUCAAAUGAUCCUUUCCAAGAUGUUUCACCUUGGACUCCAGAUAUCUUCCAACCACUUCCCUCGAAGACCAACAGCAUGGAUGUUUUUGGGAUGACUUUCAGCAAUACUGCCCCUAAAGCAGUUUACUCCACAUCGUCUGUUAGUAGCCCACCAGACAUGAAGUUGGACAUGCUAUCGUCACCAGAUCUGUUCAAGACAACGGCAAUAAAAGCUCCUCCUCCAGCGGUCAGGCCGAAGUCGUCCAUCAGGCAACACGGUAUUAUCUUGACGACCCCCCAGGGGAGCACGCAUGAUAUUCUUCAGCCGAGUCCCUUCAGUCGGGCCAGGAAUCUGUCCAUGACACCAAGCCAGUCUGCAGCGGAAAAGUCUCAUGUUUCCAACUUCAAACGUCCACCAAAGCCACUUCCUCGAACUAGACCACCAAGGACAGAAAAGACACCCCUAGCAGAAAAGCUACCAAAACCAGAACGGCCGCCACCACCGACAAACCAUAUUGAAACAACAGACAAGCCUGAAAAACCAGAAAGGCCGCCAGCACCAGCAAACCCUAUUGCACCUGAAGCAAUUGUACCGAAAACCUCUCCCAAACCAGCCUUCAGACCGCUUUCGAAACCAACACCUCUGGAGGAAACUAAAGAAUUUGAAAAGGAAAACUUUGCUGUCUUUGAAGACAUCCUGCUAAUGGGACAGGAAAGAUGUAUUGAGGACUGGCCCGAAGACAGCCCUCAGCUUAACCCUCAAUUUAGACCAUCUGGAACAUUAAGACUACGGCGAGAAUCAAUGAGAAUUAAGUUGGACUCUGAAGGAGGAAGUGCUGAGGAUCUGGAUGGUUUUGGGGUCAAGAAAAAGGCCAAAAAGUUCAGAUUGUCCAUACUUUCCAGAAGAAGUUCGAAGAUUUCUGAGGAGCGGAGGAGCAGCACACUACCCACCCUCAGAAAAUCAUCCAAGGAGUAUUUAUCAGAAACCAACAUGUCUACAGAAGAGAAUGAAGAGAGUGAGCAAUAUGGGAUGGACUACAAAAAGAAAAAUGUGAAGACCAAAGUCAAUAAGCUGCUUAGAAGAGCGUCCGCUAAUUCCACCGUGCUGGAGGGAAAGCAAAUGAACGGACAUUUACCUCAAGACCUGAAGGCAGAAGAGAUCCGAAGGCAAAGGGUCAGUAAGAAAGAGUCGACUGUACGCCGCUGGUCAGAGGGGACAGCUUUGGAUGAUGUCACUGGGGAAGAGGAGGAGGAGGAGGAAGAAGAAGAUGAGGAGGAGGAAUUGGGAGCCCAGCACAAAGAGAAGAAAAAGAAGAAGAUGAAAAUUAAGUUUGUGCCUCACAGAGGAUUUGCAAUCACUGUGGAAAAGAAGGGAGCUCGCGGAUACACACCUCGCAAAGACUCAAAGGAGAGAUCCCAAGAUGAACUUUUCGGAGCACAUGGCUACACCCCUCGUACGAAAUCCCAGGAUGAUGCUUUUGAGGAAGUAGAGAGACGCCACACUCUUCACUCAACUAGCAAGGCUGCUUACAUGGACGAUAAGCACUUCCAGAAACCACGCUGUAUGUCUGCAGGAUUCGAUGGAGACGAAGACCCAUAUGAAAUGGAAGACUGCAAACCUAAGAAACCAACGAAGAUGAAGAUGCUACAAACGGGUCGUCGAAGCUCGAGGGAGAACAUGCUGGAUUUCAACAAUGCUCAGAAAAAGAAGGGCAGCUUCUCAGCGGAGGAGUUAGACGACGACGAGUGGAUGGAGGACUGCAAACCGAAACCCUCCAAAAAGAAAGGCCCUCUUCCCGUCCCGCGCAAAUCAGCCAAAGGUCAGAGAGAGGCGACUGGAUUCAGCCAGCAGAACCCUCAGCAAGCAGCCAGCGAUCCCUUCGCUGAGGACGACGUUACCCAAACAGGAAAAGCUUUCAUGAGUCCCGGGGAGACGUAUUACAGCGAGGAGGGUGAAGUGGACACCUGCAAACCGAAGAAGAAAUCAAAACUUAAAGGCUUCAAAAAACACAAGCCGAAGAGUAAAGCCAAUCACCCAGAGUAUGAGGAUCCAGCCGGAGCUACGUCAGCUGACUUCCUGUCGGAGGCUGCCAGGGCGGAGUGGCUGGCAGCUCAGAUGGACGAGCAGGCUUUAGAAGAGCUGGAGGACGACUACGAGGACGGGGACACGGACAGUUUGAUGGAGUGGUGGCACACAGUGGAGCAAUGGGACGAGGUGCCAUCAGACGACGAGGACAAAGUCUUAAAAGAGGACGAAUCUAAGUCGUUCACCAUCUUGGCGGACAAGGUUCAACACGGCCUGCGUGUCUUCAACAAAAUCUUCACGGAGCGAGCCGAGUUCCUCUGGCAGUCCAUCCUCAGGCUGCACGCCAUCGCCGACAACAUCAACACUUUCCACCACAAAGCCAAGAUCGCCAGCAUCACCGGAGGAACCACCACGGCUGUGGGGGGGGUGGCGGCCAUCGCUGGUCUGGCUCUGGCACCUUUUACCUUCGGAGCCUCUCUGGUGAUAACCGCUGUUGGUGUGGGAGUGGCGACGGCCGGAGGAAUCGCUUCAGCCUCAGCGGCAAUCUCAGAUAACGUUCACAACCUGCACGACCGCAAGAAGGUGGAGAUAGUGCUUGGUGACUAUGAAGCUCACCUGCUGGCCAUCGGGAAGAUCCUCCACUUUGUCAACCAGGGCCUCAUCAAGCUCCGCGGGCACCCUUUCCUCCGGUCGGGCACCCAACACUACUCCAAGGACUGGGAGAUCCGCCGCGCGGUGCAGAUGAUCAGCCUGGUGGACAAGCCCGUGAUGCGCGGGACGGAGACAACGGACGACUUGGUCGCUUCCGUCCAAGGACUCUUCACCGGCAUGGACAAGUACUUCGCCAAGGACACCCGAGAGCUGAAGAAAGGCUGCAAGAAGGAGGUGGUGUGUAAGAUAAAGGAGGUGGCCAAUGUGCUCAACGUCGGCAUAGUGGAGCUCAACUCCAUCCGAGAGGAGCUGCAGGAUGCUACCGGAAACAUGUGAGGAGGACACUUUGAAUAUAGGUAUUUCUUUAAAAACCUGUGAGCUACUUCCUGCAGAAGGACACUUUGAAUAUAGGUAUUUCUAAAGGCACCACCACCCCCUCUACUGGCUAAAUGAGGGAACUGUCGGUGUGAAGGAGUCCAUCGGUCCAGUACCUGCAGUUUCAGACAUUUAAGGCUGUUUUAUUUUAAAUAUCCAUUGAGGCUGUAGAUUGCUCUUGUAUUUGUGAAAAAGUGUAAGAUGUUUAUUGUAUGCACAUGAAAAGGUUAACAGGGAAACGGGCACUUUUUUUGAGCACUGUAUGCAUGUUCUGAGGGUAAACCGUUAAAAGUAGCUUUGUGGUCACAGGUGUUUUAGUUUAAAUAUUUGAAAUGAUUUUUGCUUAAAAUUAUCCACCCACUGUAUUUACUGAAGGAGCUUUAUUUCACUUUUCUGACACAGUUUCAACCAUGUGUUCAAUUGUAUUUUAUUUUCUGCAUUUCCUAUUUUUAGGAAAGUUUUACAAACCCCAAUGUCAGAUAUCGGUAUAAUGAUACAAAUGUUUUUAGUUGAGAAUCUACAAUGAAACGACACAGACAAAGAAGGACCCUUGCAUCGCCUUAUGGAGUUUGUAACAUUUUAAAUUGUUGUAAAAAUACAUGAUAGGUUGGUAAAGUAGUAGUGUUUACCUACAGCAUUACAGUACUUUUUGUUGAAUACGAUAUUGUUUACAUAUUCACAAUAAAAAUGAAUGUUGUAUAUAGGGUAAUUUAUUUUUAAUAUGUAACUGUGCUAAGACAAUGAUUCAAAUUACUAAAUAACUACACAUCUGAGUAAUGAAGAAUGUUUAUUUCUCCUCUUCUUUUGGUCUUACCAUGUGGCAUCCAUGUAAAUGUCUUUGUGUUUGCAGGUAGACACGGUUAUACUAUUCCUACCUUGAUAACCUUUAUAAUAUUCUAUCAAAUUGUCAAACUUAAAGCAGACUUUUGACAUGUUAAUAGGUUGUGAUUACAAAAAUGUGUCUAUUACUUUAUGUUUUUAUUGUCAAAUAAUUUUUUCUGGGUUAUACUCAUGCAUUUAUUUGUCGUUGAAUGUAUUAAUAUAUAUUAAGAUAUGUCAGUGUAACAGAAUGUUUGA